AUGCGCAAUUUGAUUUACAUAAUCAGUUACGUAAUCAGUAUAGGUAUCAUGGCGGUCGGGCAAGUAUGCCCCCAUCGUCUAGCGGUUUAGGACAUCUCUCUUUCAAGGAGGCAGCGGGGAUUCGACUUCCCCUGGGGGUAGGGUACUACGAAAGGAAGUUGAUCGUGGAUUAUCACUAAGCCUGGAUUGAUUCUUCCCGGGUCGAUGCCCGAGCGGUUAAUGGGGACGGACUGUAAAUUCGUUGGCAAUAUGUCUACGCUGGUUCAAAUCCAGCUCGGCCCAAUAAUUCGCCGAUCUGCCAUGAAAUGAUAAAUCAUUUGUUCUUCUCCAUAAAUGCUCGAUACCAAUCGAAAAAAUCAAAUAGAAAAUUUUUCUAUUCUGAUAUAUCUUAUCCUUACCGUUAUCGCUAUUUAUUUACUCUAUUUUAUUUACUCUAUUUCUUUAUUUCUUUUUUUUUCAACAAGUUUUGAUCUUAUCUUGCUAAUCUUGCUAAUGAUCUAGAUUCCUAUCAAGAUCUGGAAAUGUAAAGUCUAAGGAAAAAAGGAAAGAAAAAAUUUUUCAUUGAAAGAAUGAAAUCAUAAAAAUAUAUAUUGUAGACUGUACAUUUUAUUAUGUUAUUUCCUGGGGAUUGUAGUUCAAUUGGUCAGAGCACCGCCCUGUCAAGGCGGAAGCUGCGGGUUCGAGCCCCGUCAGUCCCGAUAGAUCCAAAUCCAAUAAAAAAAUAGAGCAAUAAAUCCUUCCAUUUUUUGUGAAAGGGAGUACAAACAGGAGGAUUUAAUUCCCAUUUAAUUCCCAACAGGAAUACCUUUUCUUUUUAUUUUUUUAAUUUCUUCUAUUGUUUGUUUGGGUUUGUUUACAACCAAUGUAAGUGUAAAGGUGAUUAGAUGAUACUUCAUCUUUUGAUUGUACAAAGAGGGCGAUAGGUUAUAGAAAAGAACGGGUGGAAAAGAAUGAAAAAUAGAAAUAACAAGAGAGCAAAGUAAUUUUUGAUCGUAAUUGUAUCAGGAAUUUACUUUUGAAUUCGGUAUGGAUAAAAGAUCCUCCUAUGUUAUACUAUUCAAUUCUUGACGAUGAAUCGAUUUGUCAGAUAUUGUUAUUCAUGAUAUUGAUCCGAUUUGAUUACAUCGAAAUGUAAUUCAUCCCGUUGAAUUUACACACAAAAUAUUUAUCAUCUCUAUGGGAUUAAAUCCCGAGUUAUUUCGAAUUAAAGAAAAAAGAAA